AUGACAGUAUUUUUGUUUUUUUUCUUUUUGAUUUUUUCUUUUUUAUAUUACCAUUUGCUUUGUUUUUUUUAUUUUUGUUUCGUUUUUCUUCAUUCCUUACAUGACAGUAUUGUCCUUCUUUUUUUUUCUUUUACUUUUCUUUUUAUAUAUUACCAUUGUUUCAUUUUCUUUUAUUUUUUUUUUGUUUUCUUCAUUCUUUACAUGACAGUUUUCUUUUUUUUUCUUUACUUUUUUUUUUUUAUUACCAUUUCUUUUUUUCUUUUUUUUUUGUUUCAUUUUUUUUUCAUUCCUUACAUGACAGUAUUGUCCUUCUUUUUUUCUUUUACUUUUUCUUUUUAUAUUACCAUUUCUUUUUUAUUUUUUUUUUUUUUUCUUUUUUUUUUUUUCUUUUUCCUUCUUUUUCUUUUUUUUUUUUUUUAUUCUUUUUUUUUUCUUUUAUUUUGUUUUCUUUUUCCUUUCAUUUUUUUUGUCCUUUUUUUUUUUUUUUUACUUUUCUUUUUAUUACCAUUGCUUUGUUUUUUUUUUUAUUUUUUCGUUUUUCUUCAUUUUUUUAAGUAUUUUCCUUCUUUUUUUCUUUGA